AAGAAGGCCAAGAGGAGGCAGGCAGCCGGAGACAGCGGCUCCUCCAACGUGUUCUCCAUGUUUGAGCAGAGUCAGAUUCAGGAGUACAAGGAGGCCUUCACAAUCAUCGACCAGAACAGAGACGGCAUCAUCAGCAAAGAUGAUCUGAGGGACGUUCUGGCCUCUUUGGGUAAACUGAAUACGAAGAACGAAGAGCUGGAGGCCAUGAUCAAGGAGGCCAGCGGCCCCAUCAACUUCACCGUCUUCCUCACCAUGUUCGGCGAGAAGCUGAAGGGCGCUGACCCCGAAGACGUCAUUCUCAGCGCCUUCAAGGUCCUGGACCCCGAGGGUACCGGAACCAUCAAGAAGCAGUUCUUGGAGGAGCUCCUGACCACUCAGUGCGACAGGUUCUCCAAGGAGGAGAUCAAGAACAUGUGGGCCGCCUUCCCCCCUGAUGUCGCGGGCAACGUUGACUACAAGAACAUCUGCUACGUCAUCACACACGGAGAGGAGAAGGAGGAGUAA